AUGGCAUCUCAACAAACAGACUCAUCGGAGUCGUCCAGCCCCACGUCCUCCAUUGAGUCAACAACACCAGUUGUACCGGCCAGUUCUGCGUCAGACUCAUCAGCCACCUUCGACUUCGAUGCCGUCCUAUCCAAGCACAACGUCACCAGGAGUUGUCUCAACAGUGUCCAUAGUGUACUGAUUGACAUUGCGAAGGAUGCAGGAAAGAUCAUGGUCGCAGCCGAGGAUUGCAUCAUCACGACUGUCCACAAGAACAACACAUCUGACGUAGUCACCAAAUUCGACAAGCAAAUCGAAGCGAUGGCCGAAAGACGCCUCGCUGAGGCCUUCCCUGAAUGCACCUUCCUCGGCGAAGAGACGUUCAAGCAUGGCACUAAGCUCGCAGACACGCCGACAUUCAUCGUGGAUCCCAUCGACGGAACGCUGAACUUCUCCCUCGGCGUGCCUAACUGCGCCAUCUCACUGGCUCUAACACUCGACAAGAAGCCUGUCGUUGGCGUCGUCUUCAACCCUUUCCGCGGAGACAUGUACCAUGCGAUCAAGGGCCAAGGCGCAUACCUGACGAAGACCUUCACGAACCGCAAGAUUAAGCUACCCAUCCACCCCAUUCCUAAACCGAUGCCAUCGCUUAACUCUUGUCUCAUGGCCGUUGAGUGGGGUAACCAGCGCUCUGGUCCAAACUGGGCACUGCGCACCUCGAUCCACAACGCUCUCCUCACCUCCAAGAUCGAAGGCGGCGCAAUGUGCAAAUCAGUGCGCUCAAACGGAUCCGCAGCACUGGACUUCUGCUACGUAGCUCACGGCAUGCUCGACGCGUUCUGGGAAGGAGGAGUAUACUCUUGGGACGUCGCUGCUGGAUGGUGCAUCCUGGAAGAGGCUGGUGGCGUUGUUGUGAGCGCGAACCCUGGAGAUUGGGACCCACAGCUUGAGGGUCGUCUUUACUUUGCUGUGCGCAAUGCGAAGCGCGAGGAUCAGCGUGCUGUUAUUCAGGAACUGUGGGGGAUGAUGGGGGAUCGGAAGUUUGUGUUCCCUUGA